UUGUUUUUCUACUUUAUUUUUCCUCAUUUUUAUAGUGUUAUUAAAAAUGAAGGAUAAAAAAGGGAGAAGUAGAAUGCAAUGUCUCAAAGCAGGAUGUGAUUGUGAUGAAUACACAAAAGAGAAAGGUUUUGAUUUGUGUGCCUAUUGUGAUCAUGCACCAGUUUUACAUAAAGUGGAAGACAAUUUGAAUCUUGUUGAAGAUAUUGAGUUAGCUCAUUUCUCUAAGAGCAAUGCAAUACUAAACACGUUAUCCACCGCUCUCAGUAUGUCAAUCGUGUUAUUUGAACCCCAAUACUAUAAGAAAGAAAACGGAUAUGCUAGCUUUGAAUCAGCUACUUUGAGCCGAAGUGAAAUAGACUUCAGUUUGGACAAUAGAAAGGUAACAAGCCCAUUGAAGAAACAGUGUAUACAACAAGCUAAGCCAUUUCAAGAUACAGCUGGUAAAAUAGUUUUUGCAUCAAAAACUGUACUUCAUCAUAAAAACAGUACUCUCUUUGAGAAUGGUUUAGCCCCGAUCCUGAAUUCUUGCACAGAUGGGAUUAUUGUGUUAAGUGCUUUAAAUCUAACCUUUAGUUUACGCAGCAAGUUGGCUAGAAUAGUAGUCAACCAUAUUAUUCAAAAGAAAGGAUUGCAGUUGAAAUGUUUUCAAUCUGGCACCAAAGACAUUCCAAAUUUUAAACUUCUUUUGGAUCUAAAAGCAGAUGCAUCGGUAAAUAUCGAUUUUACUCAAUUGAAUAUGCAAAAGAAUUAUGAGCAUUGUAGCAACUUUAUGUUUCAAAAAAUUCGACUACAUGCAAAAAAAUUGAUAGGCUUAGUUGCCAAAAAAUAUUCCAUGCAAGAUGGGGUAGAAGAUGAGACAGCUGCUCUUUUGGCUAUUGUGCGAUUGACAUGCUGCAAAUGUUCCAUCCAUUUAUGCAAAGAAGCAAAGAGAAAAUCCUGAACUCCUAGAGUUAAAGAAUGUGGCGAAUCAUUUCUUUUUUUUUAGCCAAUUCAGUUGAAAAUGCUGAGCAAUCAAUUAAUAACAUCAGGAUCUUAUAUAAUGACCUGAAGCUGACACUUCAACCUUUGGUUUAUGCUGUUCCACCAAACAUCGCUGUUGUUGUGUACAACAAUCACAGAUGGUCAUUUGAAACCCCUUUGAAAGCAAUGGAUUUUUCGUUUAAACUGAUUCAAAUCUUGGAUAAGGAAUACAAUAUUAGAGUUUUCCAGCUUGGAUGUUUUUGCAAAUAUAUAUAUAUAUUGUUUUAAUUGCCCUGAUUUUGACGUAUCAUGCCCGAAAGCAAGUGAAUUGGCUUCUGAGUUGAGUUUAUAAGUUUAAUUGACUGUCUUGAAUUGUUAUAAGUUUAGACUGUAUAGUUGCAUAAUGCGUUAAAAAAAAAAAUGUUUGUAGAUGCGGUAAUAAUACAAGUUAAAACAAAUGUAAAUAUUAUGUU